UUGUGCGCAUGCCCGUGUUGAGAGACAGUGCUAUAAGGAAAAGUGGUAAAGACAAAGGAAUAAACAACCUUAGGAUACAGACGAGGACACAAAUCAGAAGGAUAUUGACAGUCCAUACACUGCUACACCGCAUGAAGACACAACAUCUGACUUGAAGAACUUUUAUGGCUUGACUCGACUUUUUGAUUACCGCCAGUUUUUGUUCCACCAGCCAGGCUUUCACUUCCUUUUCAGUCCACUCUGAGACCAGCUGAAACUUGUCAUGUUAAUGUCUGUGACAACCACAGACAUGGAAAGAACUGCAUGUCUAUGAGUCCUAAAGCAAAAGUCUGUGAUCGACACAAUGGGGUCCAACCAAAGAAGAUAAGCACAGUUGAAAGUUCACCUCCUGGCUCCAAGUUGUACCAGAACAGUGUCCCUCUUGAUAACAGAACGUGAGGUCUGGCUAGCCUAGGGGGCCUGGCUUUCUUUUUUGCCAAGUGACUACCAUCCCCUCCCCUUGCCACACAUCCCUCAGGCAACUGAAAAGUUGUGGAGAUGGUAGUGUUGGCAUAGCCGUGGAAAGGAAUGGGGAGUGCACCGUGCUCUGGAAAGGGGAGGGGGGUAGGGGGUCUUCAGGAACUGGGUUGUAUGCCAUGGAAGGUGAGCAAGCAGAAGGGGAAUCUGGAAGGGGCUGGCAGUGCGUCAGAUAGGGAGGAGGGGACAGAUUCUACCCUAUCCAUAACUCCUCCGCCACCUCCCGCCAUCUACCACGAGAAACAGCGUCGGGAGCUCUGUGCACUCCACGCGCUCAACAACGUCUUCCAGGACGGAGCGGCUUUCACCAGAGAUGCGUUGCAGGAAAUCUACCAGAGACUCUCCCCGAGCACUUUGGUGACACCACACAAGAAGAGCAUGCUGGGUAAUGGCAACUAUGAUGUGAACGUCAUUAUGGCUGCACUGCAGACUCGUGGCUUUGAGGCUGUGUGGUGGGACAAGAGAAGGGAUGUCGGAAGCAUUGCUCUGCCCAACGUUACUGGCUUUAUAUUGAAUGUGCCCUCAAACUUGCGCUGGGGUCCGUUACGGCUGCCACUGAAAAGGCAGCACUGGAUUGGUGUGCGGGAAGUUGGAGGCGUCUACUACAACUUGGACUCCAAACUACGGAGUCCUCAUGCCAUUGGAACAGCUGAUGAUCUCAGGAAGUUCCUGCGUCACCAGCUUCGAGGGAAGAACUGUGAACUCCUUUUGGUCGUGCCAGAGGAGGUUGAGGUCCAUCAGACGUGGAGGUCUGAUACCUCUUGAAUGUUGCUGAUAGCUUUUUCGUCUCACUCCAGCUGUGGUUUCAGGAGGGAAGGUUGGUCCAAUCAGGGAACCUUUUUCCAAGCAGUUAGGAGUUUCACUCCACCAAUCACAGAAGCACACUGGCGAGCCCCUUCUUCUGUUUACAUACCCACUGCUGGACUCAGGCCAAUCAGACUGAAGCAGUGAAGGUAAUGGACACACAGGGAUUGCAAAUCACAUCACAAGAAACCACAACACUAUACUGAUUGAUGACGAUUAUGUUCGGUGUUUGGAAUUACUAUGUGUUUUUAUAUAAAUAUAUAUAUAUAUGGAGUAUUUUUCAAUGUUUUUUUUUUGUUUGUUUUUUAUGGUCUAAUUUCAAAGUGGAGAAGUCUUACUGUGUAUAAAGCUACCAGUACUUCAUUCUCUGUAUACCUCUGUACAACAUCGUUGUCCCUGUAGCCUUCUCCCUCUGCCUUUCCCUCUCUCGCUCUCUUUCUUUCUUUCUUUCUCUCUCUCUCUCUCCUCUCUCUCUGUCUCUCUCACUUUGCAUCUCUCACUCUGCAUCAGCAUCUCUUCUCUCAGUUGUCAUGGUGUAUUUUGUCUGUCCUGCCUCUAAGUUCUCGGCCUCUUGUGUCACUGCUCACGGUAGGAUCCCCCACCUCCAAAAAAAAAGACAAUUUCAAACCAGUAAUUUCACUGAAGUUUUUAGCCUUGUUCCAGCUUUUUGACAAAUGCUUGGAAAGACCCAGAAUUGCCUGUGUAAAAUUGUAUCUUUCCAUAUGACGUUAUAUAGUUACUGAUAAGAAGUACCUUGUGUAAUGCAUGAUAACUCCUUCAGUGGAUGUUAUAUUCACAUAAGGAGGGGUCUGUUACAAUCACGAUUGUUACUUCAAUACCCAGUGCAUGCACAUCACUGUUGUUGGUCCUCUACAACACUAUACUGAAAUCAGAAGUUGACCAGUAAGUUGUGUAUGCCCUUCAGGAAUGGAAAUAUAUCCUGUUCACUUGCCAAAAAUGCCAUUCUUUUUCAUUUCAGUGAUAGGUUUAUGAUGUUACAAAAUUCAUACAAGUAACCUUUGUCAAAAAUAUACUUUGGGUUGGGUAUGUGACGGUUCAGAAAAGAGAUUGAAAUUGACAUGUUUUUUGUAAGUGGCAGAGUUUGUGUCAAAGUAAGACUUUAAGACAUUGAAAGUACAUUUAAGAAGGCUGACGCAAUGAAGAUGAUGGUUUGUUUGCAAUGUUUGGUAUUUGUUGUUUGGUAUUUGGCACUGUGUUAUCAAACAAACAAUGGAACUGAUAUGGUGACUUAAAUAUGUAACUCUACUUGAAGGGAAGUUGAACACUCCUCCUCUUGACUAUGUAGUUUUUCAUUUUUAAGAACGCAACAUGUAGUAAUGAGAGCAUACCACUCUAUGAGGUGGCUAAAUUGAACUCCCAAAGAACCAUGAUUGGACAUCCUAGUUCAGAGUUUCAACAUUCCACACUACAUAUACCAUGGUGCUUUGGGAAAAGGGUAGUAAUUUUUUAAUUGAUUAUUUGCCAUGACAAUCUGUCACUGUUGCCCUUUUUAUUUGGGGCAUCUGGUUAAAAUGUGCUUCUGUGUAUGUUUUGUUUUUCGUUACACAAAUAAAUGCUUGUAUUGGCACUUUAA